AAACUAAUUAAAAUGGUCCUUCUUGGCGCAAUAGAUCAAGGAACAUCCAGUAGCCGUUUCCUUAUUUUCGAAUCAGAUACUGGACAAUUAUUGGCGAGUCAUCAGAUUGAAGUCCGUCAACAAUUCCCAGAGUCCGGCUAUGUAGAAAUGUGCCCCAAAGAGAUUUUUGAAACAACUGUGGCUUGUAUUGCCGGUGCCUGUGAACAACUAAAAACAAAGCGUGGAAUUGAACCUGAGAAUAUCCGUGCUGUUGGCAUUACAAAUCAAAGAGAGACAACAAUUAUUUGGGAUAGAAAUACCGGAGAACCUUUGUAUAAUGCUAUUGUUUGGUUGGAUAGUAGAACACACGAUCUUGCCAACAAAUAUAUAUUAAAAGUUGACGAAUCUUUGAAUGGUACUCCUUCAGCUGCCAAAAGAUCGUGCCAAAAUCAUUUCAAACCAAAAACUGGUUUACCUAUCCAUCCCUACUUUACUGCUUUGAAAUUACGUUGGCUUUUGGAUAACGUUCCAGCUGCACAAAAAUCCCUUUCUAAAGGUACUUUAAUGGUUGGGACGGUGGAUACUUGGCUUAUUUGGAAUCUUUUGGGGGAGUACAUAACAGACGUCACAAAUGCUAGUAGAACUUUAUUAAUGGAUUUACAAGACCGUCAAUGGUCACCCGAAAUGUGUGAAUUUUUUGGAAUUCCAAUAGAAAUAUUGCCUCGAAUAAGAAGUUCUGCUGAAGUAUAUGGAUAUAUGAGAGAUGGACCAUUAAAAGGCACUCCUCUAGCUGGUUGUUUGGGUGACCAACAAAGUUCUUUACUCGGUCAUGGAUGCCUCCAAGCAGGGGAAGCAAAAAAUACUUAUGGGACAGGAACCUUUAUGCUUUGCAAUACUGGAAAGAAAGCUUUAGUUUCGGGUUAUGGACUGUUAACGACUAUUGCCUAUCAAUUUGGAUCAGAUUCCCCCGCCUAUUAUGCUCUCGAAGGGUCUGGAUCAAUAGGGGGCAAUGUUGUACGCUUUCUACGCGAUAAUUUGAAAUUUUUUGAAAAAACGGAAGAGAUUGAGCAAUUAGCUGCUAGUGUGGAAAAUACAGAGGAUGUUUAUUUUGUUCCUUGCUUCGCUGGUUUGUAUACCCCUCAAUGGGAUCCAACAGCGCGAGGAAUUAUUUGUGGUUUAACCCAAUCAGCCACUCGAGCACAUAUUGCUUUGGCUGCUUUAAAAGCUGUUGCUUUCCAAACUGUGGAAAUGUUAGAUGCUAUACAGAAGGAUAUGGUUGACAUAAAAAUUGCUUCUUUAAGAGCGGAUGGUGGAAUGACACAAAACAAAUUAUUUAAUAAAUUACAAGCAAAUUCAAUGGGUAUUCCAAUGGAAUGUUCAAAAAUGGCAGAAAUUUCUGGUUGGGGAGCAGCGCUAGCUGCUGGGAUUGGAAUUGGAGUUGUUGAUUAUCAAAGUUUGGGGGAAAUCCUUCGCCAACGUCGCCCACACUCAAUGGACACAUACGAACCAGCAUCGGAGGAGAAUGAACGUAGCCGUGAAUAUGAACAAUGGCUAGAGGCAGUUAGGCGAUCUAAAGGAUGGGCACAUGCUUAA